CAAAAAUUACUAGAACCUAACCCCGAAUAGAAACAGAAAUAAUUUAUUAUCUUGUAAAAUAUUAUUGUUGUCGCAGUUUGUUAAACGUUACUUAUUUUUGUUUCAAAAUUCUAUCGGAUGGAAAUGUGUGCUUGAGCACAUUUUGGUAAUAUCAUCUAUGGUAAUAUCAAUGUCGCCAGCAUAACCUCACUUUAAAAUGGAUCAAGAACUGGAUAGAACGCUAAAACAUUCCACUGAUGUGAUAGAACUUUUUAGAAGCAAAGAAAUGGUGAAGAUUUGCGCCCCCAUGGUACGCUACAGCAAAUUGCAGUUCCGAAAUUUGGUCAAAUCUUAUAAUUGUGAUCUUUGCUAUACCCCCAUGAUUCUGGCAGAUUCGUUUUGUAAGAGUGACAAGGCUAGAGUUAAUGAAUUUACAACUAACUUAAAUGAUACACCACUAAUUACCCAAUUUGCAGCUAAUAAAGUUCAUGAUUUUGUAGGAGCAGCUUACAUGGUGUCUCCUUUUUGUGAUGGAGUUGAUUUAAAUUGUGGAUGUCCUCAAAGAUGGGCGAAACAGCAAGGUUUGGGUUGUAUAAUGUUAGAAAAGCCCGAAGUAAUUUAUGAUCUGGUCAGACAGUGUAGGAAUGCUAUAACAAAGCCAUUUACAGUCAGUGUUAAAAUGAGGCUGCAGAAGGAUUUGCGAAAAAGUAUUGAUAUUUGUAAACAACUGGAGCGUUGUGGAGUUAGUUAUUUAACAGUUCAUGGACGUACACCUGACCAACUAACAGGGGAAAUAAAUAAAGAAGCAUUGAAUUUAAUCGUGGGAAGCGUAAAUAUACCAGUUGUUGCUAAUGGGGGUGUUAAAUCUUUGGAAGAUUGCUUGGCGUUACAAGAAGAAACAAACUGUAAAGGAAUUAUGGUGGCUAAUGGUAUACUUACAAACCCUACAUUAUUUACGGGUUCUUCUAUCACCACUACUGAUUGUAUUCAAAGAUGGCUCAAUAUCUGUUACAACACAACACUUGAUUUUAGAGACACUAAUAGAGUUCACACAAUUUCUGAAAAACCGAAUAAUUUAACGUUCCAAUGUUUUCAUCACCACUUAGUUUUUAUGUUGGAGAAACUUUUAACAAGAUCAGAAAAGCGUAUUUUUAAUAAUCUUCAGAGUUUUAGGGACGUUUUAAGUUUUAUUAAAGAUAAGUUUGAUUUAGCUCCACAACUUGAUAACAUUGAUGAUUUUCAUAAUGUGAAAUUAUUUAAUUUAGAUUUCGGUAAAAGACACGAGAUUUAUUUUACACUUAAACCGGAAGAUGAAGUUUUUAUAGAUUAUGAUUUAUUCUAUGAUUGUAAAAGUGAAGGAAAGUAUUUUAAAAGUAAAUUGGAAGGUGAAUGUGAUUGGUCCAAUAUUUUUCUGGAAAAUGCAUGAAAAAAUAAAG